UCCCGGGGUCUGGAGCUGGCAGCUGCGGCCUCUGCCUCCCCUCAGGAGAGCGGGACGGCUCCGGGCAGCGGAAGGCGAGGGAAGGACUGCCCGUGCCCCGGGCGGGGCUGCCCGCUCCUCACGGAGCCCGGCCAGGGAGGGCUGCAGGGAGCGGCUCGGCGUUUCGUGCUUCGUCAGCCCGGCAGUGUUUUGGCUUUGGUUCCGUCGUGCUCCUACCUGUUCCUGGAGAAGAGGUCCCCGCCAUGUCUCGCUACAGCCUCCACAACCUCCUGGACUGGAUGUACGGCGGGGUGGACCCCAGCUUUGCCGGCAAUGGAGGGCCGGAAUGCGCCGCCUUUCUCUCCGGGCAGCAGCGCUUGCUGGAGAGUUUGGUCUUCCUCAGUGUGGGCACCGUGGAGAUCCUGGUGUCCCUGUGGAAGCUCAGGCAGCAGCAUGCCCAGGAGCUGGAGAAUCUGCUGCAGCAGCCCCGGGCUAAGCAGGAGAGCCUGGGCAAGAACGUGCUGCUGGUGCUGCUCUGCCUCAUCUUUGGGCUGGAGGUGGGCUUCAAGUUUGCCACCAGGACUGUCAUUUACCUCCUGAAUCCCUGCCACGUGGUCACCAUGAUGCAGAUUUUUCUUCUUGCCUGUCCCCCAUGUCGGACUGCAAUGAUUCUCUUCAGGUUGCAGAUGCAUAUGCUGAAUGGGGCCCUCUUAGCAUUGCUGUUUCCUGUUGUUAAUACACGCCUGCUUCCAUUUGAAACAGAGAUUUAUUACAUCCAGCAUGUGAUGCUCUAUGUUGUGCCCAUCUAUCUGCUGCACAAAGGAGGUAUCUACACCCCUGAACCGCUCUGCAAUUUCUGGUGGGCUCUUUUAUCCACGGGGUUUAUGUUUGUGUAUCAUUUUAGCAUCUUGCAGAUCCUGGGACUGGUUACAGAAGUGAAUUUGAACAAUAUGUUGUGCCCAGCCAUCUCAGAUCCUUUUUAUGGGCCCUGGUACCGAAUCUGGGCAUCUGGACAUCAGACUGUCAUGACCAUGACUCAUGGGAAGCUCAUAAUCCUGCUGUUUCACAGUGCUGUCCCCACCUUCAAAUGGAGCAUGGACUUGCUUAGACUCCCAGCUAAGAAAAUAGACUGAAAUUUCUCCCCACAGAGUAGUUCACACAGGAAGCAGAGAUACACUGGAAAACAAAGAGGGGGGAUGAGAGGACAAUGGCUUUGUACUUCUUCCCACAGUUUUUUGCCUCAAAAACACCUCUGUAAUGGAGUGAGGUUUUUUUUUACCUGCUGUUUCUCACUGCCUAUUGCCAAUGGCAAAAUUAGUGGCCUUAUUCUGGGGAAGGUUCAUGUUUUAUACAUUUUGUAUAGAUUACAGUAGAAUCUUGCUAAGCCACCAUUUAAAAUUAGGCCAGGACCUGUCCACAUUCCAGCAGAGUGCCAGUGCUACCUCGUUUUGACUCAUUUUUCAUUAAAGAAUUGUACACUUCUAGGACAGGAAAUAAUGCUGAAUUGUAGCACUCCACUGAUGUGAACCAACAUGCUGAACUGCAUCACCUGGCUUAACUCUUAAAGCUUGAAUGUUCCAAAAUGGUCACAGGAAAUCAUGCACACCUAAUCUUCCAAUCAGAAAUGCAAAACAGUGAGGUUCUACUGUAUUUUCUUAAAGCUGGUUGAGAAUAUUGGGGAACAAUAACUCAUUAAAAAAAUUAAUCAACUACUUAAUUUCUAAGCUGCAGUGGAUAAGUACCUAUCUAGUGAAGUCCAAUCAUGAUGCUUUGGAGAUGCUUUUAUUUUGGUGAGGGGAAAAAAAGAAUAUUGAAAUAAUUUUAAAAGAUCAUGUUAGGUAUAGGCCAUGAUAAGAUAUUGCAUCCACUGUUCUGCCCUGACUUUGAACAAAAUGGUUUUUUUCACUUACCUUAGACUGGAGAAGGAGUGGAGAUACAAAGUCCAAUAUAAACAUCAGGGUUUGGUUUUUUUUAUACUUAGUAGCUUUUGAAACAUUCCUGCUUCAUCUAUGCUGAUCCCUACUGACCAGACUGGUUGGUGAAGAAACUGAAUGAAACUCUGUUCUCUCCCUACAGCUCUGCUAUAUCAUGUGUAUUGAUUUUAAAAUAAGGUAUAAAAAGGAAUGUCAAAUCAGUGCAGGCCUCUGCUGCAAAGGGCAUGUUCCAGUUUAGUAGCAUGAGCCAUCAACUUGUCUUUUGGAGAACAGGAUGGAGAUGGGCAGAAUGAUCAACUGUGUGUACCUGCUCCAGUUUUGCAGGAGAAACCAUUGGGCAGAAAGAUAGAAAAUCCUGCUGUGUUUUUCCAGAAUUGUGAGUCCAUUAUGCAGACUGUUGUGUUUCAGGGCUGCAGAUUUUUCUUGUACAGAAGUUUGGGGGAAUUUAUAGAUUGUGUUGUCAAAGCUGUGACUUGCAAGAUAAACCAAAACCAUCAUACCUCCUCCAGCUGGAUCACCUGAAGGUAUGUGCUGAAGUUAAGGUACAGAUGUUUAUACCUCAGGAAGCAAAAGUAAGUUGACUUUUUUUUUCCUUAAAAAAGAAAAAAAAAUUUUGUGAGGGAACAAGUGGCUACUUCAAAUAUUUUUACUCCAUAUGAUUACAAAAAGUACACCGCAAUCAGAAAUACCUUGUCCCAUAUUCUGAUUUACAAAUUGGUUUCUGGCAUUCUUCCAUGCCUUGCUCUGUGUGUGUAUAUAUAAAGAAAUAUACUGUAUGCUCACAGCUUGAGAACAUGCACCAUGUACCUAAACUAUCCCUCAGGCAUAUACAGCUGGUCUUAGUAUUACAAUAGAAGGACUUUAGACAAAUUUUGCAAAUACUAUUUUGCUUUAUUUGCUUAAGGUUUCUGUUUUGGUUUUUUUUCUUUCUUUUUUUUUUGCCUUUUUUUUUUUUAGCAUCUUCCCCCUUUUUUUUUUUCCUGUCAGGAUAUUGUAGUUACUGGAAACACUUCUCUAAGUAGGAGCCUUUUCUUUUUUCCUUUUUUAAACUAUGGCAUUUCCUAUCUGUAAUCAUCUGCUUCAGGGCAUUCCAAACAAGUAUAGAGCAGCUGCUGUUUGCCACCAUUGACUGCCUCUGGUCAAUUAAAACUGCAGGAGCAUUUAAAUGAGCUCAGGUGUCUCACUCAGUGCAGGCUCUUUGCUUGGAAAGCAGAAUUUGCAAGCUCUUCUGGCUGACUUAAAAUUCAGUAGCAGGAAUGUGAACAGAGCUGCCAGGGCCAUGCCUGGGCAGUGGAAAGGAAUUCCUGGUGCAGAGCUGCUGGGAGUGGCUGUCCCUGCCCUCUCUGCCUCCCUCCCUGGGGGUCACCUGUGCUUUUCCCUCCUGGGCUGCUCCAGUUGUUUUGAGUUACACAGAAAUUCGAGGUGUAAUUUCACCACAUGGAGUUUGCUGAUGGAGCUGCUCAUCAGAGCCAGUGGGGCGUUGUACUGUCCUUCUAAACCCCGUGUGGGCACGUUCUGGAGCUUGCUAAAUCUUUCAUAGCAAUUUCAGCUGAGAAAAUGUCUCGCUGAACAAGGCAACAAAGUAGAGAGGUAACCAACUACUGCACUCAGUAGGGAUUUUAGAAGUACUGGAGCUGCAGUGAAGGAAUCAAAUGGAGUCAGGUGGGAAGGCAGACAGUGCAAUCUUGACCUUUUGAACAUAAGCUGUUCCUUCUUUGUUGUUGUGCAGUAUCAGUGAGGCUGUCUGAGAACAGAAUCAUUUAGGUUGGAGAGAGCCUGUGAGUUCAUCAAACCAAGCAUUAACCCAGCACUGCUGAGCCCACCACUAACCCUUAUCCUCAGAUGUCACACCUACCUACACAUCUUUAACCCCUCCUGCAGCCUGUUCAAGGUUUGCUAACCCUUCUGGUGAAGAAAUUUUUCCUAACGUCCAAUUUAAACCUUCCCCGGUGCCACUUGAGGCUGUUCCUCUUCUCAUGUUGCUUAUUUCCUUGGGAGAAGAGGCUGAACCCCAUCCUCCCUUCAGGCAGUUGCAGAGUGACAAGGUCCACCCUGAGCCUCCUUUUCCCCAGGCUAAACUCAGCCAUUCCUCAAUGUGUGCUCCAGACCCUUCCCAGCUCUCAUGCCUUGGUUUGGAUGUGCUCCAGAGCCUCGGUGUCUUUCCUGCAGUGGCAGGCCCCCCUUCCCUAUGCCCUUCUUUGAAGGCUUUUAGAACUUCAUGUUCAUUUAUGGUGACCCACCACUCAAAACUGCAUCAGUGUAGCUCAGAGAGGCUCUACAGAAGGGGAAGGACAGGUCAGAAUGGGAGCAGAAAAGGAAAAAACUUCUGAAGCAAUUGUGGAACUUCACAUCCUUCAUUCCUCACCUAUCUCUGGUAUCUGCUGGGAAUAUGCAUUAGCCAGAGCUUGCCAUAUGUGCAGGAAAUGGGAAAGCAGAGUACUUCAUCUCUAUAGCAGUUAUUUGUUGUUUUCCCUGGCAGAGGCUGAUUUUUCUUUUCCCUGAAUGGUUUAUUUUAUAGGAAGUUACACUAUACAGAUUUCUUUGGUUGCUUUAUGCUUAUUUAUGCUGGAAAUGAAAGCACAAAACUCUACUGCUGUUCUUGGGAGGCAAUUGCAUUCUCUCCUGGGGUGUUCCACACUCAAUCCAUGUCAAGGUAACUUGAAGCUGCUGCCCAGUACCUGGUGAUGAGAUCUGACAGUGCUGCAGUGCAAUGCAAUUGAAAGGGCUGUCCUGGGCCUCCUGGUCAAUGUGCCCAAUGUGUCAUGGCUCUGGGAAUUUCAGCAGCAGUGGCUGUGGGGCUGCACAGCCAGACCCACUGCUCCCAGCAGCACAUCUCACCCCAGAGCAACUUCAUUUGCUGGCCAGAAUACCCCAAAAAGUUCUUGUGCAGUGCCACUGCCUGGCCUUCAGCGAUGCUGGUAUGGGUUAAGGGGUCUGAAGACAGCCCUCCAAGUGUUGGCAUUGUAGGUAUUUCAAAAGAAACAGGGAGUUAAGCAAACUCACUACUCCAGCUGCCACUGGCUGCAUUUCCCUCCAAGUGUACCCAUGAAUGAAGCAUUGUUAGCUAUCAUAAACCUGUUUACUGAUGGGUUUGUUUAUGCAACCUUGGAGUAAGUAGUCCUCCAAAACAGAGGUAAACCAGUAACAUUUCUGCCUUGUGCCAUGGCUUCAGCUGUCCACAAUCCCUGCAGUGCUCUUUUUUCCAGAGAUUUACAGAGACACUGUACAGUGUCUGAGCUGGAUCUAUUUGUUUAACUUCCUCUUUAACUUCCUCUUUAAAGCACUAAAGGAGAAUUUGCAUUGUUUCUUUUGAAAGGUGCAAACAAAUAACUCUUGCCCAUGUGUUUAUAAAUUGCUGAAAAGCCACAGUCUGCACCUGGAGCUGGUUUUAGUUCAGCUUCUUAGUUCAAAGAUGCUGCUCCAUAAGCAAAACUUACGUAUGCUUGAGGAGAAGUCAGUCCAUCUGCAGUCCAGUCAAACCUUGAGGUCAGAGAGUACCUAAUAGUAGGUUUCUGUUUCUGGCCACAGAAUUUUGAUAUUUCUGUAUAUUUGAGAUAAUUUUAUAAAGUUCAUUUGUAUUUUUCAGAAAUGGCUAUUUGCAACUGUUAACUGACUGUACUUUUAUGUCCUAAGUCUUGCAUCUAAACCAGAAGCAUUUGUUUUCUAUGCAUCCACAGCUAAUGGAAAAUAAUCGUGGUGUUUUCUUCAGUGUGACAGUUGUUUCACUCUAGGUGGAUUCUUAGGAAUUAAAUUCAUCUUUAUAGUUAACAAAGCUCUGAAAUAGCCAAAACCCAGGAAGAGGGUGAAUGUCAGCCCUGGUGGGAGGUUUCUGCAGGCACACAGGUCAGCUUUGGUGUUUUCAGUUCUACAGUGACAGGACUCAUAACAAAUCUGUUGAUUUUUGUGACCUUGUACUUCAAGUGAUAUUGCUGUCAAUCUCUCUUUCUUGCAGCUGUGGUGUAACUUAGUCAAAGCCAAGCUGUUUUAUAAAUAAUUUUAUUUUUCUUCAGGGUCAAUUUUGUACUUUUAAAAACUAUUUCUGCAUUUCCGGAGUCAUUACCCCAAUGCUGCAGAGGACACAGCAGGCAGAGCAGUGAGCACACCCCACUCUCCCAGACCAUCCUGUGCCAGGGGCUGGGCUGGAGCACCAGGGGGCUGCAGGAACCUGCAGGGCUGCUUACCCCACUCUUGUCCCAGCGUGGCAUUAUCAGGCACAGAAUGGGGUGGAAAGGGCAAGGAUGCAUGUGGAUGGGCUCAACUGCCACAUAUGCUGUUAGUUCUGAAUAAUUUGUAAGUGUUAUAAAUUUUGUAAACUUUAUAAUGUGCUAAACUUUGGUUAUGAGGUAACAUUUACAAAUAAAGGGUAAUUUGUGUACUUGUUUUUGUAUUUUGCUCUGGUGGGCUUUUUUGUUGUUGUGCCCCAAGUCCAGAUCAUUGGACAAAUAGUUGUUAAACCUUGGAAUUAAAACAAAUAAAUGCAUUUUACUGGA